CUUUCAGUCAGCAUAUUACAAUAACUCACCAAGCUUUCACUGAAGUCAUUUUGCGGAAACUCCAAAGAUUAUCAAAUUCAACUUUUUUGAAUUUCCGCAAGACUGUCUUGAUUUUGAACGUUGAUAUGUCCAUUCUGACCUCAGUGUUAGUAUAUGAAAUUGUUUUAACACAGGAAUAUGAUUAAUCUAACAGAAGAAAGAGGGACAAAAAGCAGACUGAUCAAAAGGACUCAUCAUCCUGAAGAGAGAGGAGAAAAAACCCUAACGUCGAAGCAAGCAGAAGAAUAUGGUGAAAUCCUUAAAAUUCUGAAAGGCAAAUUCUUUUGGCAUGUAGUGUACAGUAAUGAUUCCCCAAAAAAUGAACCUCAGCAAUACUAGUGAAACAAGCAUUCUUCUUGCUGAAGCAAUCAUUUAUGUGCCAGUGUUCUUUAUUGGAGUUAUCCUAAAUGUGUUUGCUUUAAAGGUAUUCUGUUGCAAACUGAGUCAAUGGACUGAAACCAGAGUAUAUAUGACCAAUUUAGCCAUAACAGACUGUCUAUUUCUCUUCACUUUGCCAUUCAAGCUAGUUUCUAACUUUAUAUAUAAAUAUAAAAUGCAUACCAGUAUAUACACGAAGAAAUUAUGCAUGGUUUUGGAGACUGCAUAUUUUAUCAAUCGAUACAUGAGUAUCUUCCUUAUUACCAUCAUCGCACUUGAUAGAUACAUCGCCAUAAAAUAUCCACUCCAAGCAAAGAAUAUCAGGUCUCCUUUAAAGUCAGCGCUUGUCUGUGGACUUCUUUGGAUCAUAAUUAUAAGUAUUGUACUUGUAUCAAGAAAUAUAAAUAAUGAAGUGAACAACAUUUGCUUUCAAACAAUUUACAGAAUACCAUCAGUGCCUUCUUUUGCAGUGGUAAUAUGGGGAUUUUUUAUACCUUUAAUUAUCUUGAGUUUCUGUUCUGUUCAAAUAAUUAAAAAACUCACGAGGAAGAAAAAGAUUCAUCUUCAUGAAAAAAAGGUCAUUCAGAAAGCAAUCAACAUAAUUCUGGCAAAUAUGACCACAUUCAUCACUUGCUUUUUACCACUUCAUGUUGCCUAUUUCAUUAAAUUCAUAGAUUUCAAAACUGCUAUUGAUACUAAUCUUAAACAUAAUCUGUUUCUAAAUGUUACUAUUAUUCUAGCUAACACCAACUGCUGCUUGGAUGCAUUUUGUUAUUACUUUGUAAGCCAGGAAUUUCAGGAAGCUUCUAUAGUACAAAAGACACAGAAUCAAGCACCUGAAAAUCAAGGUACUGAAAUUAUUUAGAAAGACCAUGACUCAACAAACAAUUCUGAUACCUUCAGACCUGUCUGGAAUCAUCUUCCUCCUAAAAGUUUUGAUUGGAAUUCUCUUCGUGAUCUUGAUAAAGUACAGCUCAGCCUUCUCCAUUAAUGUAUUCAUAUGAAGACAACAUGUCCCCACGUGUGUGGCAGUAUACAUUAUAAGUUUCAAGAAAUUAAUUUGAAAUGCAGAUUACUUCCUGGAAAUAUUGCUGUUUCAUUCUCAUGUCUAAUUAAUGUCUCUUAUUGUUUGAUUUAUUGCUUUUUAAUGCAUCAUAUACGCCAAAUGUAUAUUGCAUGGUUUUUACCCUAUUCUGUACCCUACCUGACUACCCUUCCCCCUUAAUAGACACAUUUUGCUUUGCCUGAUGAACUUGUGAUUCAUGCUGUUGGAAGGCGUGAAAAAGGUACUUGGCAAAGUUAGUCGCUCUAUCAAAUUCAGAGAUCAAAUUUUUAUGAGCGACAUGACAAACUUGGGCCUGAGUUUUAAGGGACUAGUAGGCAUGUGAGAUUUAUAUGUAUUUAGCUUCCUUUUUAUGGCCUAUCA